UGAUCUUGUAAUAAUUAACAAUGUAUAAGUGACUUUGUCCUCAUUCAUGCUUGUUCAUGCCUCAGUUUGGAUCUACUUAUAAUAUAAAAACAACCACGUUUCAGAAUGGCGGGUGGAAUAGAAAAACUCAGCCUGAAGCGAGAAGUUGGCCUUAUUGGUGCUAUUUCAUUCAUUGCCGGGACCAUGAUGGGAUCAGGAAUUUUUAUGUCCCCUCAGUCUGUGCUGAUCAAUAUAGGAAGCCCAGGAGGCAGUCUGGUGAUCUGGGCAGCCUGUGGCGUACUGGCUACGUUGGGUUCCCUCUGCUAUGCUGAACUGGGAACUGUCAUUCCUGAAUCUGGUGGAGAGUACAUUUAUUUUCUGAGGAUAUUUGGCCAAAUAAUUGCCUUCAUGUUUGCUUUCAGUUUUGUCAUUGUGAUGAGACCUGCUAGUGCAACUGGGAUAGCAUUGAGUUUUGCUGAAUAUGCAGUGGCUCCUUUCUACCAUGACUGCACCCCUCCAGAGCUGGUGGUCAAGUGUGUGGCUGCAGCGGGUAUUAUGGUGUUAGCCAUUGUACACAGCAUGAAUGUACGUUUGGCCAUAUUCAUCCAAGUAUUUUGUAUGUGCUUCAAGCUGGUGGCCUUGACAGUAAUCAUUGUUGGAGGUUUGGUACUGCUGUUCAACGGGAACAGUAAUCACUUUGAGGAUUCCUUUAAGGGAAGCAAUGUGGAAAUCAGUUCCAUUGGGAUUUCUCUAUAUCAGGGUCUGUGGUCCUACGAUGGCUGGAACACUUUGAAUUAUCUCACAGAAGAACUAAAAUACCCUGAGGUAAAUCUGCCAAGGGCAGUUAUGGUUUCCAUCCCCAUGGUAACCCUGCUGUAUCUACUGGUCAAUGUGAGCUACCUGUUUGCCUUGACGCCAAAAGAACUGAUGUCAUCAAGUGCAGUGGCUGUCACCUGGGGGAAUAAGGUGCUCGGGAGCUGGGGAUGGGUGAUGUCCAUUGCAGCCGCUCUUUCCGCUUUUGGCUCCCUGAAUGGGACAUUCUUUAGUGGUGGUCGGUUGUGUUUUGUGGCAGCAAGAGAGGGACACUUGCCUGAUAUUCUCGCUAUGGCCCAUGUGAAUCGACUGACCCCCUCUCCAGCCCUUAUCUUCACCACGGCUAUCUCACUCCUGGUUCUCAUCCCUGGGGACUUCCAGAGCAUUGUCAACUUCUUUAGUUUCACUGCUUGGUUCUUCUAUGCAAUCACGCUGUCUGGGCUCCUUUACCUCAAGAUCAAGAAACCUGAACUUCCUAGACCAUAUAAGGUUCCAGUUGUAAUCCCCAUCUUGGUCCUCUUGGCAGCCAUUUUCCUUGUGCUGGCACCUGUUAUUGACAACCCAGCAUUAGAGUACCUCUAUGUAACCUUAUUCAUCUUCAGCGGAGUGCUGGUUUAUGUGCUAUUCAUCCAAUACAAAAUCUGCCUUGGUCUGUUGGAGAAACUCACUGUGUUUCUGCAGCUCUUCCUAGAGGUGGCCCCAGCAGAAAAAAACCUAUGAUUUAUUUUACAGAUUAAAAUACUCAAGAUAUUUAAGAAUUAAAAGGAAAACCUCUAGAAGUUGAUAUACUGUGCAUGUGGCUCACCUUUAGUGGUAUAGACUGAUUAGUGGGCUCUGGAUAUUAGUUGUUUGGGAGAAAUAUAAUUAAGGAAUAAUUACUGGCCUUGUAUCUAGGAGGUUUUGGUUUGUACUAGUAAGAUUGUUUUGCUCUUCUCUGUACUAACGAUUACGAAUAUAAUGUCGUAGGUCAUUGGUAGAAUGUUUAGACAGAGUUUUUAUACUCGGCUGUGACUUUUAGCUCAGUGUCAAGUGUUUUAAUUCAUUCACUUUGAUCAUGUGCAACAUAACAAUAUGAAUUUGUUCAAAAUACAUCGUUUAGUUGGAUAAACACAAAUAUAUGUGUAUGUGACACACAAGCAUGCUCACAGUUUUCACACAGAUUUCUCAGUGCAAACAUGCUGGGAUUCUAUUUGUUUUUCAACUUAUUUUGGAUACAGCAAUACUGUUAGCUCCAGUUAUUUGGGCCAUUAACACAAGAACCGCCAAAUGCCUACGCCAAUUGGGGUUUGAGUUUGUAAUUUAAAUAAAACUGCCAUUUUGAAAGCUACACCCUCCUCCUUUCAUUACUUUUCCUAAAUAGGCAUAUGUUACAUUGCUCCGUUAUCAGAAUUAUAAACUGACAAAUGGAAAACUAUUUAGAGACGAUUUUCCUGCUUUUUAACCCUGUUUUCCUACUUAAUCC